CGGUGUGAGGGCUGCGCUACUUGAUUGUGUGAGUGUAUCGAGUGAGAAGCGGACACAAAGUAACACUUGGUGUAUCCAGAGCCGGCAGAGCAACAAGAGAGAAAACAAGGGGGGAAACCAGCCCGGACUAACACUCACUCCUUGAUUAUGGUUUCUCACAUCUGACAGAUAGCCAGCUCUUCUUCCGCUCUUCCGAGGGGUUCAGCCAGCAGCACUCAAUCAGCGAAGGUUCCUCUUCCUACCCUGGGGCGCCUGGCUGCUUUUAUUUAACUCUUUUUAAAAUUUAUUUCCCCUACCCCCUUCCCUCCCUCCUCAAAAAUUAAAUGUACAACUUGAUGGGUCUGAACAGCACAGCCGCAACGAAUCAGCCCAAUGUCUCCUGCACAUGCAACUGCAAACGCUCUUUGUUCCAGAGUAUGGAGAUCACUGAGUUGGAGUUUGUCCAGAUAAUUGUGAUAGUGGUGGUGAUGAUAGUGAUGGUCGUGGUGAUCACCUGCCUGCUCAACCACUACAAGCUCUCCACACGAUCUUUAAUAAACAGAACGAGCCACAUGAGGAGGCAAGAAGACACUCUGCAAUCGCAGCAGAUCUACACACCCAGAUCGACAGACAGAUUGACAGUCCCAUCAUUCCUACAACGGGAUCGAUUCAGUCGCUUCCAGCCCACCUAUCCCUACCUGCAGCACGAGAUCGACCUUCCUCCCACCAUCUCUCUGUCAGACGGCGAGGAACCCCCUCCGUACCAGGGGCCCUGCACCCUCCAGCUCCGUGACCCUGAGCAGCAGAUGGAACUGAACCGAGAGUCAGUCCGAGCUCCGCCAAAUAGGACUAUUUUCGACAGCGACCUGAUAGACACGUCGAUUUACAACGCAGGGCCCUGCCCGCCCAGCAGUAACUCUGGCAUCAGUGCCACCAGUUACAGCAGUAACGGCCGAAUGGAAGGACCCCCGCCCACUUACAAUGAGGUCAUAGGUCACUACCCAGGGUCGACCUUUUUCCAGCACCAGCAGAACCAUGGCAUCCUCUCCGUGAUGGGAGGCAACAGACUGCAGCACCCUCAGAACCAUGGCCUUGAGAGUACAGUUGUCCGGAACAGCAAAGACAAAAAGACAGGACAUCCCUUCUGAGAUCCACUCUAUGCACUUCAAAUCAAACCAAGGGGCAUGGGUGAGCAGGAGAGCAUGGUCAGCUGUGCUUGCUCCCGUUACCCACCCCCCUCCCCC